AUGCAAGCUUCAAUGGGGCAGCAAUCCGACGCAAGGAGGGUCUUGCAGGAGUUGUCAGCGAAGUAUAUGUCUCGCUUGCAAGACUCGGAUUCGAUCAAUGGCGUUCUACUUGCUCUUAAAGACUUUGCCCAAGGCAAUGUUGGCCCUAUUUGCAUCAAAAUUCUGCCGUCGGAGGACGGCAAUCUUCACACAGCGGUCGUGGGGAAUAUCAAUCAAAAGGCCGCAUUGAGAAUGCAGGAGUAUUUCAGCGUCGGCAACACGAAGCCUGUUUCUAUAUUGCAGAUCACUUGUACCAAACCCAAACCGAAGAUCUCUGACCGAGAGCAGGAUCAUGAACAAGAUGGGGAUAAAGGUAAGGACUUGGACGAGUCUUUUUACGACAUUAUCUCCACGUCCGCGGAGGAGGAGGGGACUAUUCUAUCAGAGUACUAUGGCAGUCGUACUCGCAUCAACUGUCCCACCCAUAAUUAUCUGUUCAUGAUACGCCAGACGGAGCUACCUGCAACAAUUCCCCGGGUAAAGUGGCUCCAGGGAGGAAGUAAAGGCGUAUUACAAGAGCUGGAAACCAAAUACAAGGCUUUCCCUCAGGCAUCGCAAGACACGAUUAGGAAAGCUCUGAAAAGUUUUGCGUCCGGGAAAGCAAGCUGGCGGUUGAUGCCUGAUAGCAAUGCCAGCACAUUACGAAUCACUGGAAGAGCCUCUUUCGCCGCUCACGAGAAGAUCAAGGCCCUUCUUGGCCUCGAGGCGGUCUCAUUGCUUGAGGUUGUCCGGGAUCCCAGAGUUCUCGCGCUCGAUGACCCAAGCUCUCAAAGUAAGGGUAGUAAAAGGGGUUCAGCAUCUCUCUUAGGAUCCUCUGAUGCUGAGGACAUGGCGGGGCAGAGUGAAGACACGAAGCGUCUGGCGUUCGCUCCGGAAGGAGCCUCAGGAAUCCCGUCGAAUUCCCUGCAGGCGUAUUCAAGUGUCACAAGCCGGGCAGUAGAGCCCACAGCGUCACAAAAGGACGAAGGCAUUGUGAGGAACUUGGCGGAAUCCGAGGCAAGUUCGCGGGUCCUUCCAGCUUCAGAUUCAGAGUCUGCUAGUCGAACGCCAGCAAUCCGAAAUCUGAUCACAUGA